UGCCAAACUUCCCCUUAUCCUCCUCCCUCCUCCAUUAGGACCAUUACCCAGCGAGUCAGACUCGGACCCUUUUCACGACCACAUUUCUUCUCCGGUCAUCUUCGUUCGCCUUCUCUCUCUCUCAAAGCUUUUCGUUUUCCCUUUUUUCCUUUCGCCAUGACAGUUCGCUCGUCUACGAAUCAAGAUAAUAUUGACAAGAAUGAGAGGAGUACUUAUUUUGGUUUACCAGCACUGGAUGUUUCACUUGCUUUUCCCCAAGCCACUCCAGCAUCGGUUUUUCCUCCUUCCACUUCAGAUUACUACAACUACGAUGAUCUAUUGAGUCCUGAGGAGAAAGCUGUAAGGAUGAAAGUACGAGAGUGCAUGGAAAAAGAAGUGGCGCCAAUCAUGGCAGAGUACUGGGAGAAAGCAGAGUUUCCAUUUGAAGUUAUUCCAAAGCUUGGUGCCUUGCGCGUUGCCGGUGGCACGAUCAAGGGUUAUGGCUGUCCUGGUCUUUCUCUUACGGGAAGCGCCAUUGCGACUGCAGAAAUGGCUAGAGUUGACGCUAGCUGUUCGACUUUCAUCCUGGUCCAUUCUUCGCUAGCGAUGUUGACCAUCGCUUUGUGUGGAUCGGAGGCGCAAAAGGAGAAAUAUUUACCUUCUUUGUCACAAUUAAAAACUGUGGCUUGCUGGGCUUUGACCGAGCCUGAUUAUGGAAGUGAUGCAAGUUCUUUGAGAACAACUGCAACAAAGGUGAAAGGAGGUUGGAUCCUUGAUGGCCAAAAGCGCUGGAUAGGAAACAGCACAUUUGCUGAUGUGUUGGUUAUUUUUGCUCGGAACACAACAACAAAUCAGAUAAAUGGAUACCUUGUAAAGAAAAAUGAUCCCGGAUUAAAAGCAACCAAAAUUGAAAAUAAAAUUGGUUUGAGGAUGGUUCAGAAUGGAGAUAUUCUCUUGAACAAAGUGUUUGUUUCUGAUGAGGACAGGUUACCUGGUGUUAAUUCUUUUCAGGAUACAAGCAAGGUUCUUGCUGUUUCACGUGUUAUGGUUGCUUGGCAACCUAUCGGUAUAUCCAUGGGUGUCUAUGACAUGUGUCACAGGUAUCUGAAGGAGAGGAAGCAAUUUGGAGCACCACUGGCAGCUUUUCAAAUCAAUCAAGAGAAGCUUAUACGUAUGCUGGCCAAUGUUCAAGCAAUGGUCCUAAUGGGUUGGCGGCUUUGCAAGUUGUACGAGAAUGGUAAAAUGACUACAGGUCAAGCUAGCUUGGGGAAGUCUUGGAUCACCUUGAAGGCAAGGGAAACUGUUGCACUUGGACGGGAGUUGCUCGGUGGAAAUGGAAUCUUAGCUGAUUUUCUAGUGGCGAAGGCAUUCUGUGAUUUGGAACCCAUAUACACGUAUGAAGGCACGUAUGAAAUCAACAGCUUGGUGGCAGGUAGAGAAGUUACUGGCUUUGCCAGCUUCAAGCCAUCUGCAUCAAGCCAACGGAGCCGUCUGUGACAAUGUAAACUUUCUGAAUCCCAACUCCAGGUGGAAAGACAUUUAAUCCAUUGCUAAUGGAGUUGGCUAUUAAAGUAUGGUCGAUGUUAAAAUGUCAUAAAAAUUAUAGUUUGAAUAAGUUACACAAACUUUGUUAUGAAUAAAAAUAACUAAAAUGAAAAGGUCAUUUCAGUUUUUCCUUCUAGCAUUGAGUAAUAUAAAUGACCCCUAGGAAAGUAGUAGGGCUUACCAAACGCACGUGAAUUUGCAUGUCAAUAAGGAUGUCAACGUCGGCUAUGUCUAUUGGGCUGGCAUGAAGCCCGAAGUGAAAGUAAAAAUUGCACUACGUGGCAAAUUUACAAGGAUGAAGUUAAGAGGCCUCCAUAUGAGAGAGAAAAAACUGUCGGUCGUUUUUUUAAAGUCUAAAUACACUGUCCAUUAGCUUCUUGUUGUUCGCCAUAUCAACGAUGCCGGUAGAAUUCAUUAAACAUCUAAGCUAGGAACUCCGGCUAAUUACAGGGGACUCUUGAUGAUGCACCAACUCAAAAGAGAUUUUCAACUACUUCUUCAAAAUUACUCUCUUUUUUUUUUUUUUCCCCUCUUUGGGCUGUGUUGUUCUGUGUAUCACAACCGGUGUUAGGGUUUAGUCUGCUGCGCCAGAGAGGAAUUUCUUUCCCGGAAUAGAGAUCUAGAAAGGAGGCAUUCUCCGUGGUCAGCAGAGAUGCGCGGUGACAUGUGGUUCUCUCAUGUCGGAGGCCCACUUCCUCUCCAAAUCUCCUUUGCUUUGCCAGCAAUGUUGCAGCUUUCCCGCCCAUUCUCUGGGCUGGUCGACUCGUCACCGAAGUUUCGUCGUUGUCAAUUAGGUUUCACCUGUUUUAGUUUUUGUGUUUGUCAAAUAAAAAUGGUGAUAUCUUCACUCCUUAUAUUUAGUGUAUUUAGUGCCUUUUACUCAUUGAAUUGAACGCAAUUAGGUUGUACCAAUAAAAUCGGUCUUAAUUAAGAAUUGUCUUGUACUACAAAAUCAGU